GUUUCAUUAAGAUCCGUCCAGUUGUUGGUGAGAUAUUUUGCUAACAGGCAGCUUGUUGGCGCUGCUCCAUUCAUUCCAGCCGGAGCUGCCUCAGUCGGAGCUCUAGCGGCCGGACUGGGCAGCAGCUCUUCUUCGUCCUCUUCUUCCUCCUAAAAAAAGUGAAAACCAUCGGCCCGUCGCUGCUUCGGUUGCUUCGUCCUUCCUCUCUUUUUUUCUCUCUCUUUCUUUUUUUCUUUUUAAGUUGUUUUUGCUCCGCGCGUMCGAGCAUGCAGAGCAACGAGCGACACCGAACCCAGGGUCCAGGAGCGGCAUCAUGGACGAACCGGCUGCUUUUAUUCUCCAAAUGCACUUUAUAUUUAUUCAUCUUUAGUCUGGAACUGAAGAGGAGCGAAACGGCGCCGCCGGAGUCCGAUGAUUUCGCUUUUUACCUUGAGGACCACAAGUUGUGCCUCGGGGUGCUGGGCAGCUCCAUGAGCCUGUCGCCCUCCUGCGAGGAGCCCGACCAGCGCUGGAAGUGGGUGAGCCGGAGCCGCCUGUUCAACCUGGGCACGUCGCAGUGCCUGGGCCUGAGCACCGCCAACGCCACCUUCAGCCUCGACGACAAUCCGCUGGCCGCAUACACGUGUGACCGGGAGCCCCCCCGGGUGCAGUGGACCUGGAACUGUGCCGACGUCCUGGACAAACUCAGCAGUUUGAUUCAGUCGCCGUCGCUCCAGAACUCGUCCUCCGCCUCGCCAUCCUCCCCACUGAAGUGGAGACUAUACGGUGAAGAUCAGGACCUGUGCUCCAAAACAUAUCAAGAGAUCUACACCAUCCAGGGGAAUACUCAUGGCCGACCCUGCUACCUGCCCUUCAUGUACGAGGGCCAGUGGUUCCACAACUGCACCAGCAUCGGGCGGGAGGACGGGCACAUCUGGUGCGCCACCACCUACAACUACGACCGGGACCAACGCUGGGGGUUCUGUCCUGUCAAAAGCAACAGCUGCGAGACGUUCUGGGACACGGACCRGCUGACGGACAGCUGCUAUCAGUUCAACUUUCAGUCCACCUUGUCGUGGAGCGAGGCUCGGAUCAGCUGCCAGCAGCAGGGGGCGGACCUGCUGAGCAUCUCCAAGCUGCACGAGCAGACGUACAUCAACGGUGUACUGAACGCUUACAGCACUGCUAUGUGGAUCGGCCUCAAUGAUCUGGACCUCACCGGAGGCUGGCAGUGGUCUGACUCUUCACCGCUCCAAUAUCUAAACUGGGAGCCAGAGCAGCCUAAUCACGCCGAGGAGGAGAACUGCGUCGUGGUCAGAUCCGAGUCGUCCGGUCGUUGGCAGAGCCGCGAUUGUUCUGACGCUCUGCCGUACGCCUGUAAGAAGAGGCCCAACGCCACGCUGGACCCCUUCACCACCGAUUCGUGGGCGGAUGAUCACAAGUAUGAGUGUGAUUUGGGCUGGGAGGCCUUCCAGGCUGGAUGCUACAAGCUCAGCUCAGAGAAGAAUGACUGGAACGCUGCUCAGAMAGCGUGCCAGAAGAUCGGCGCCAACCUGGUCAGCAUCCACACUCUACCUGAGCUGGAGUUCAUCAUGCGCAACCUGAAGAAAGGGCUGGAAGUGGCACAGUCCAUCGUGUUACUGGGUGGGAGAAGAUCUGCUCACCUUCGACGAGGCCAGAAAGUCCUGCGAGGCUCAUGAAGCCGCCCUCGUUACCAUCGCUAACCGGUUUGAGCAGGCCUUCRCUAACAGCCUGGUGUUCGGUCGCUCCGGAGAUGUUUUCUGGAUCGGGCUUCAGAGCCGGGACAGUCACGGCUCCUUCCGCUGGCUCGGCGGAGAUGAGGUGUCCUACACCAACUGGAACCGGGACCAACCAGGUGUUUCACUCCUCCCAGCUGGAGCAGAAGCAGACCUGGCUGCAGGCUCACCUGUUCUGCAGGAAACACGGCGCCAACCUGCUGAGCAUCAGCAGCCCUGAGGAGGAGCAGUUCAUCCUGCAGGUCCUCCACGAGACCUUUGGGGAGUCGGAGGAACACGAGCAGCACUGGUUUUGGAUCGGACUGAACCGCAGGAACCCCAUGGACAACGGCAGCUGGAAGUGGAGCGACGGACUUCCUCUGACGUACCAGAACUUCGGUCGUUACUACUACAACAUCCGGCAGUGUGCCGCUGCCGACCUGGGCACCAUGACCUGGCUGGCCAUGCACUGUGACUCCGACUUAGACUGGAUCUGCAAGAUUCCCCGAGGAAGUGUGGAGAAAGUACCAGAAGUAACUGAAGGUACCAGUUCACCAGAAUGGAUCCCCUUCCAGGAGGCUGAGUAUAAAUUCUUUGACCAUCGCACCACCUGGGAUCAGGCCCAGAGGAUCUGCUCCUGGUUUGAUUCCUCUCUCACCUCGGUUCACUCCAAGGAUGAACAGGCAUUCCUGGCAAACACCUUAGACAAGAUGGUGAAGGUGGAGGGUGAUAAGUGGUGGCUCGGGCUUCACACCUUUGAAAAYGACGGGCGUUUCCGCUGGUCUGACCACUCUGUGCUCAAUUACGUUUCGUGGGCGCUCGGCAGGCCACACCCGCUCAGCCGCGAUCGCAAAUGCGUCCACAUGUCUGCCAGCAAAGGUGACUGGGCCGAUCAGAAGUGUCUCUCUGACCUGCCUUACAUCUGUAAGAGAGUGAACGUUACAGGGACCGCACCUCCAACUCCAUCAGCUCCUCAUUCUCCAUCAGGAUGUCCAGACAAAUGGUUUUCUUACCAACAUAAGUGUUUUAAGGUGUUUGAGUCCAUCCGGGUCACCUGGUCUGCAGCCAAGCUGAAAUGUGAUUCUCAGAGGGGCAUGCUGGCGGUGGUCCCCAAUCAUCUGCUUCAAGCUUUCCUCACCACCCUGUUAAAGAACGUCAGCGUGGACCUCUGGGUGGGGCUGACCUCAGACGCCAACGGCCAGUUCCAGUGGAGCAAGUCCGGACUUCUCAGCUACACCAACUGGGCUCCCGGAGAGCCGCUCGAUAACAGCGGACCCCAUCACAACAAAACGCCGGGAAACUGCGUGGUGAUGAUUCACGGGAACCCAGAGAAGAAAACGGGCAUGUGGGCCUCCCGGGCCUGUGAGAUGGAGAGCAACGGCUUCAUCUGUCAAAGACCACAAGAUCAAAGUCUGCCCCCGGCUCCGCCCCUCAUCCCCGGCUCRCUGUCGAAGCCCCUGGAGCUGGGCGGGGUCACGUACCGGGUCGUGAGGAAGCGGCUGGACUGGACCGGCGCCCUGUACCUCUGUGAGUCUUUGAACGGGACCCUGGCCACCGUGACGGACCCCUUCCAGCAGGCCUAUCUCUCACUGCUCAUCAACAGCCUGCACCAGCCGGCCUGGAUCGCUCUCUACAACUACGGAGCAGGGGGCUGGUGUGGAACGAAGACACGGAGAUGACGUUCACCAACUGGGAGUCGCACAACGUGGCGUUCUCCGUGCUUUCCAUCAACUCCUGCUUCUGGAUCCAGAGCAACAGCGGCCUGUGGAAGCCCGGCUCCUGCAGGAACCGCACACACGGGGUGAUCUGCAAACGGCCUCGCAGUGCUGAGUUGCCRUCAGGAAAACUGGAUGCUGACCACCUGCCCACUCUGAUCGUCGUCAUGGUGACGGGCCUGGUGCUGGCGCUGCUGAUCGGGACGGUGGUCUUCYUGUACCGCCGGCGAGCCGUGGGGUCGCGGGGCUCCUACGAGGGGGCCCGGUACAGCCGCACCAACUCGGGCCUGGCCGAGCAGGCGGAGAAGAACAUCCUGGUGUCCGACAUGGAGCUGAACGAGCAGCCCGAGUAGCUCCGCUCGCACCCCCCCGGACCCCGACCGACCGGACCCCACCUCGCACAGGAGAGGCUGAUUUCAAUGAGCUGACUCAAAUUCCAACGUGCUUUUUACUCUUUUUAAACCACAAAGAAAUGAUAUUUUUAAAGUGCUGAAAGGCUGUGCAGAGCGCAGCAGAGCUGUAAAGUUUUUUAACUGAUUCUCCAACUUUACAGUUAGAUUCUUCCUUUUUCACACAAAAGACCCUGAUGCCCACCCCGAACAGUUUUUAUGCAGCCAACAAAAAAAAAAAACUGAAUUUUUAUAAAAAAAUAAAUAAAAUGCCAAGGUUCUUUUUA